AUGCAGCUUGAGGCGAUGGAGGCGGCCAGGCUACAGGAUGCAAAUGCCGCUCAGGACGAGAUUGCUGCGAGCGAGAAGGCAAAGCAGGAGCUGCAGAACCAACUGGAAGAAGCGCAGCAGCUUCUGCGCCAGCAGCAGGCUGAGAUUCGGGCACUGAAAACGAAAACGCCUCAGAACAUUGGGCACAGCAGCUCCCUUUGCAGAGGGGCUAGGCGCCAAGGCUCCGCAGAGUCGGUGCAAGAGGGAGAAAAGACGAAAUUGAAGGAGGACUCCAGCGAAUCUGCCGAAUGCUCAAGGCUGCGGAUGGCAUUGCGGUCGAAGGAUCGACAGCUACGCAUUCUGCAAAGUGAGCUGACGGAGCUAAGACAGCAGCAUAUCCAGGUUCAACAGCAAAGCGAGAAGCAACAGCAAGAGCUACUGAAGCUUGCACAACGCCUUGAGGUUCUGCGCAAAUCAAAGGCGAGCUUUGAGGCAAAAGCAACUCGCACGGCACUGGCACUUGAUGCCGCUUAUGCGCAUCUGCGGACGGAACGCGAGGAAAAAGCAUUUCUACUGCGGCUUGUUGAUCCUCAUCAUGCUGGUGACGGAAUAAAAGCAACAAGCAAAGCUCAUGGGCAGCCGCUCAGAGAAGGCACAUUCCCAGAGGCACCCCUCAAGCGUUUGUCGGAGAUAGGCGCAAAACAGAACGCAACUGAACAGGUAGCAGCAAGAUCCCAAACAACAGAAAGUCACUCAAGGUUCAUUGCCCGCUUUCGACGAGAUCGAUAUGGCGAGCCACCUGCGCCUCCCACGGUAAUACCCGCUGUGCAGGGAUCGGAUAAGUUCUGCUCUACACAAGCGGGUGAAGGGACGAAGACGGAAAGCGAUGAAUUGUGCUCAAUAGAAGAAUGCAAGUCUGCAGCUCUCGCCCGCACAUUUGCUUAA